GGAGCCCAGAAAGAAACAAUAGAGAAGCUAAGUGGAUUCACAUUCACCUGAAUCUUCGGGAACUGGGUUCCAAGUUCCAACCUCCCUCAGUCCCCUCAUUCAAUUACUCACUACAAUACAAGUCUACAAUUGAAGCUCUCCUCUCCGCCAUUUCUAAGUUCUAACUCCAAAGCCAAACUCUUCCCCAAUCAUCUUUUCCGCUAUGCAAACGCUACUUUUACCGGCGGGUCGCACCGGCUUGUACCCCGCUGUGGCUGAGCCCUCCGCUCCAAAUCUUCCCCGAUGCUCCGGGAGACCAAUCUACGUUAACAACCUGAGACUCCCUUCCUCGAAUUCUCUCUUUUCUACCAAGACCUUCCAGCCUUCGUCUUCCUCUUCAUUGUUUCUGUUGGCACCGCAGCUGCCGUAUAUUGCUCUGGAGAAUAGGAGAACACCUCUGGUGUUUGCCAAUUUAAGGGCCACUUCUUCGUCUACGCCUAUCACUUCCCCAAACGAUGAGUCUGAGAAGGCCAAGCUCGCUCAGGUGGCGAAAAGAUUAGAGAACACUUCGAGGUAUUUCAAGAGAUUAGGGAGUUUAGGGCUUUGGGGGCAGCUUGUAUGCACCAUUGUAGCUGCUGUGAUUCUUUCGUUUUCAGUUGUGGUGACUGGCAAGGUCACAUCUCCUGCUACGUUCUAUGCUACUGCUGGUGGGAUUGCAGCUGCUUUCAUUUCCGUAUUCUGGUCAUUUGGCUACAUUCGGCUCUCGGAUAGGCUUCGAAAAACUGCUAAUGAUCCUUCAAAGGCUCCUCCACGGGCUGAAGUCGUGAAAAGCUUGAGAAAUGGCAUAGUAGUGAAUCUACUGGGCAUGGGUGCUGCAAUUCUUGGCAUGCAAGCCACGGUGGGAAUAUUAGUUGCUAAGGCUCUUACUACCUCGGCAAAUCCAUAUUACCAAGGGAUCACUCCUGGUUCUAGUCCUGUUCUUGCAUUGGAUGUCUUCUUGGUGCAGGCAUCUGCAAAUACGAUCCUCUCUCAUUUCCUGGGUCUGGUUUUCUCGUUGGAAUUAUUACGCUCAGUGACAUUACCCUCUCCAGAAAACAUCCCUGUCCCUAGACUCGCAUGAAUUCUGGUACCCGUGUAGAAGAAAGGUGGUGCAUCUCAAAGUUGGUGAAUAGAGGCGACAUGUUUUUGGAAUCAGUGAAUGUGAAUUGCUUUUCUCAGUACUGAAAACAAAAGUGGGAAAAAAAAAUAGAAAUGCUUUUUUCCGCCAUGUUACAUGAGAAAUGUCAAAAUUUUAUUUUAUUGCGAGAACGAGAAAUGAAGCAGUUUCAGCUUCCUUAGGCAUCUUUCUUCUUGUUUAAAUAAACGCUUUGAAUUCUUUUGGUAGAAGUUGGAAAUUUCCAGUGCCUGUUGUUUUUA